GAAAAUGGGAGAAAGUGGUCUCUUCCAGCCAAUGAGAAGUUAGCCCGGAACUCUCCUAACGCCUCUCAUAUUACAGCAGCAAGCAUGGGGAAGACUGGGACACCGGGUGGAAAGAUCAACAGACCCAAAACAGAGCUGGGCAAGAAGCUCUAUAAGCGGCGGAGGAAUCUGACCCGUGAGAAGAGGAGGAGACACAUCAAGGUGGGAGCUGUGGUGGACGAAGGACUCACCACCAUCCACCAUCUCAGGAAGAGAAACUCCAGCCCCAGAGCCAACAUCACUCUGUCUGGGAAGAAGAAACGCAAGCUGCUCAAACAGCUGCAACACAUGAAAGCAGAGAAGGCCGCUAUGGAAGUUGAGGCAGCAACAAACAAGACGAAGGCAGCAGCACCAACGAAGGCAGCAGCACCAACGAAGGCAGCAGCACCAACGAAGGCAGCAGCACCAACGAAGGCAGCAGCACCAACGAAGGCAGCCAGAGGCCAGAAAGGGGGUGUGUCCCAGGGGGAUGUGGACAUGGCAGAUAUGGAAUGAGAAGAGGAUGGAGAGACUGUUCUGUUGGCCCCAUGCCAAGGCCAGACCGGGCCCCGUAUUUAGACCAGGCCCCGUAUUUAGACCAGGCCCCGUAUUUAGACCAGGCCCCGUAUUUAGACCAGGCCCCGUAUUCAGACCAGGCCCCGUUUUCAGACCAGGCCCCGUUUUCAGACUGGGCCCCGUUUUCAGACUGGGCCCCGUAUUCAGACUGGGCCCCGUAUUCAGACUGGGCCCCGUAUUCAGACUGGGCCCCGUAUUCAGACUGGGCCCCGUAUUCAGACUGGGCCCCGUAUUCAGACCGGGCCCCGUAUUCAGACCAGGCCGCGUAUUCAGUCCAGGUCCCAUAUUCAGAUCAGGCCCCAUAUAUAUGAAUAUGAUUUUAUGGGCGGGGGGCUGAUCCUGGAUCAGUCUUAGCCUUUUAUACCUAAUUAAUAUGAUUACAUGGACAGGGGAGGCCUGAUCCUGGAUCAGUCUUAGCCUUUUAGACCUAAUGAAAAUGAUUACAUGGACGGGGAGGCCUGCUCCUGAGCCAGAGAGUGUUUGUGUAUCUGAAUGCCGUCAUUGUAAAUAAGAAUUUGUUCUUAACUGACUUGCCUAGUUUAAAUAAAAUAAAAAACAGACAGAA